CGCGCAACGCUCGAACAGUCGUCCACGAAAUUCGCCCCAACGAGGCAGCUGCUGAGCUCCAAAUGGUAGAGACGAGCCAAACACAGUCGUGCAGUGUGUAGUGAAGAGAAGCCAAGCGAAGAGCCGAGAGGGAAACACAACAGCAGCAAGCGAAAAAAAAAAAAGAAAAAUACAGAAAAAUAGCAGGAAAAAGUCAGCUAAACGCCUAGAGAAUUAGCCAACAAUAUACAGUGUGUGCAUUAUAUUUAUUUAUAACAAAUUCCGUUUAGCGCGAAGCAUUAAAAGGUGAACAAAUACCAAAGAUUUUUACAGUUACUAACAAGCUAACAUACAAAUUUAAGGCAAAUUCCUAACGAAAAGCAAAAGCAACGAGAAACGUCGAAGAAGCAUAUGCAAUGCUAAAUAAUAAGCAACUACUAAUCCAAAAGCGAAUGCUGUGCCAAGUGUACAAAUACUAAUCGGUUACUUCCUCCUCCUAUACGCAACGACGCACAACCACCUACACACGCACACGCACACACUCACACAUUCGAACCUACUCCCGCACACCCACUGAUUGAUGAUGACAACACAGCAGCAACUAGAGGCAGCGGCAGCAGCAGCAGCGUCGACCGAGUCGGCGGCAGCAGCAGCAGCGGUGGACAACAGCAACACAGCCAUGACAGCAGCAGCAGCAACAACGACCACAACAAAAUCGGGUGGCAACACGACGAAGCAAAGCAAGCAUAGGUCGAGGUCAUCCGCUCGGUACGAUGACGUGGAAAGGCAGCAGCGCAAGAGUCGGGCCAUCGUCUCCAUACCGAACACCAUCAAGCUGAGCAUGCUGAACAGCGGCUUGUUGUCCUUUGAGCGCAUCAAGCUGGAGGCGCGGGACGAGAACAACUCGCUGUCGAAGACCAUACCGAACGGGCCCAUCGAUGUGCGGCAUUUUCUUAAGCUGUGUGAUCUGCGACGCAAAUUUCCCGUGCUCUAUAAGCUGGAAUUUCAAACGGCCGCCAAGGUGGAGACGAACACCUGUCGGCAUGCGCUCAAGAAGAACAAUCUGGAGAAAAAUCAGAAUCCCAAGUGCAUUCCAUAUGACUACAAUCGUGUUGUGCUGCAAAAGCUGCCGGGUGUGCCCGACUCAGACUAUGUGAAUGCCUCCUAUAUUGACAGUCUGCUCAAGCCGAACGCCUACAUUGUCACCCAGGGUCCCGUCGAGGAGACGGUGAAUGCCUAUUGGCGCAUGGUGUGGCAGGAGAACAUCAGCGCCAUUGUCAUGCUGACCAAGACCUUUGACUUUGCCAAGGUCAUGUGCGUGCAGUACUGGCCGCCCAACAUGGAGGUGCACGAAACCUACGGCGAUAUACACAUCAAUAUUGUGAGAGAGGAGCAGCUGGCCAACUUUCACAUACGCACCUUUCGCCUCUACAAGAAGAACGAACAGGGUGAGGUCACGGAUGAGCGGCUGAUACUGCAGUUCCAUUAUACGGAAUGGUAUUCCCAUUCCUGCCCCUUCUCCAAUGCCCUGCUCGAGUUCAGGCGCCGUGUGCGUCUCGUUGUGGGCAACAUCAUCAAGGAUGGCGACGACGCAGAGAUGCGUGGCCCCAUUUUGGUGCACUGCAGCGAUGGUGGUGGACGCUCCGGCGUCUACAUGUCCAUCGAUGCCAACUUGGAGCUGGCCGAGGAGGAGGAAUGCUUCAAUGUCUUUGGCUACCUCAAGAAGCUGCGGCAAUCGCGCAAGGGUCUCGUCGAGAAUGUGGAGCAGUACAAGUUCAUAUAUGACACGCUGGAGGAACACAUCAUAUGCGGCAAGACCUGGUUUCCCGUCUCCGAGCUGUCCGAUCGGCUCAAGGCCAAGGCACGUCGCAAUUCCAGCACCAAGAUGAACGAGUACCAGGCCGAGUACGAUCAGAUCUGCAAGCAAACGCCACGAUUUACGAUCGGCGACUGUGCAGGCGGACAUCGAGCGGAUAAUCGGGAGAAGAAUCGCGAUGUACUCUGCGUACCGCCGGACAACUUUCGUCCAUAUCUGACCAGUUUCCAGGGCAACGCCUUCACGGACUACAUCAACUCGGUCUUUGUGGAUGGCUAUACCAAACCGCGCGAAUACAUUGUCACCGAGUGGCCCAUGAAGCAUACGCUGGGCGAGUUCUGGUCUCUGGUCUACGAUCAUGAGUGCUCUGCCGUGGUGGUGCUGUGUCAGCCGCCCUCGCAGUCCCAGCAGUAUCCCUCGUUCUGGCCCAAUAAAUCCAAAAUGGAGAAAUACGGCCCUGUCUUCACCGUGCACUACGUGAUGUCCAAGAGCUAUACGAACAUCAAGCAGUGGGAGUUCAAGAUCAACAAGAAGAUCGUUUCGCUGACCGAAAUGAUGGCGGGCGUCAAAGCGCCAACACGUACCGUCCAGCUGUUUCAGCUAACCUGCUGGCCCAUGGGCCACAAGGUGCCGAGCUCAACCAAUUCGCUGGUCUAUCUAAUGAAUAUGGUCGAGAUCUGGCGCAAUAAAGUCGACUACGGACCCGUCUGUGUUGUCUCGCCCGAUGGUCGCAGCCGUGCCGGGGUUUACUGUGCGGCCAAUGCGUGCAUCGAGCAGGUCAUACAGCACGGUGAGGUCGAUGUCUUUCAGGCCGUCAAGACCGUGCGGCGGCACCGUCCACAGCUGGUCGAGAAUAUGACCGAAUAUAAGUACUGCUACGAUCUGGUGCUACACUAUGUCCUGCACUUUCUCAACAAGAAAGAUUGAGCGGUACUUUCUACAAGUUUCUUUCUUUUUUUAACAGUUCGAUGGCCGAUUCUCUGGGUUACAGCUGUGCUGGUAACUACUUUUCAAGCUCGAGCUACUUUUUCGGGACUCGAAUCGACUCAAGAAAAUUGACGACAGUUUUGAGGAAUGAGAAACUUGCUCAGCUGAACAAAUCAAACUGCACUAAAAUUUUUAAGGGUUCGAACUCUGCUCCUCAGUUUGAGCUGUGCUGGGUUUGAUUUCUGAAGUUAAACUUCAUUGUGAGAAUCUUUUCGGAUUGAGCGCAACUUACACAUUUUUUAAAGGAUUCGAACAUCACUUCUUCACUAAGUGCAGCACCAUCUGAACAUUUUAGUUUGGGCUGUACCCAAGUUUGUUUUUGGGACUCGAAUCCAUUUUCUGCGAAUUCAAGUCGCACAUUAACAACUGUAUGUCCAAGUGGUCCACAUUUGAUGCCUAUUACAUUUAACGUAUGAAUGUUGUAUUUCUAUAAAGCUGUAUAGAGCUGAAGGAAUCGGGGCUACAGUCGGCUUGGCACAGGCUUAAAGCAAUAAUACUGAGUAUUUUUGUUGUGCACAACACAAUAUUUGGUUUGUGUUUUUAUUGUCACUGGAAAUGAAAUUUCCAAUUUAGUAGCUUUUCCUUUGUAGAAUAUAUAUAGUAUAUAUCUACUUUAUACAUAUAAAUAUUCAGUUUUGUGUAGGUCCCCAAGUUCCUAACUGGACCAUAAGAAUCAAAUAUAUGGAAAUCAAAUGCAAAAGCUAUAUGAUCUGAAUCUGAACUGUAUGUGCCAUGUCUAAUGCCCUAAUUGUUGUUGUUAUUACUAUAUAUAUAAAUACAUAUACUAUAUGAUGGAACUCUUGAACUAUUACGAUUAAAUAUGAUUAUGUUUACGAUAUAUAUGUAUGUACUUAUGUUAACUCUUUGAACAUGCUACCUUAUACAAAUUGUUGAUAUAUGUAUAUCUAAUCUAUACUAUUUAAAUUCACAUAUAAUGAUACAUAUAUAAAUGUUAUAUUCUUGUAAAGAAAAGAAAGAAAGGAACAUGUUUUUAGGCUAUCUACGGAAUAAAAAAGUGUGGAAAAUGUAUUUUUUAUUCAUGUUAAAACCAAAUGUAUGCAGAAAUAGUAACAGUUAUUUAUUUAUAAUAACAUAAUACAAAACUAAUACAAAUACAAAACUAAUAUUGAUUUACACUCACACCCACACACACAGACACUCGCAUAUGUGUAUGCAUAGAUACUCUCGUAUAUUUUCGCAUUUAUGCAUUUGAUGUAAGAAAUAUUUGUCUAACGAUUCAAAUGCAUACCCAAAAGCAAACUGAAACACACGCACAACACUUAUAUAUUUAUAUACAAUGUAUACAUAUAUUCUUAUAUUCAUGUAAAUGUAUUGAAUUUAUUUUUUUAAAUGUGAAUAAAUGUGUAUUUUGGAACGAUUCCGUACGAAACUUUAGAUUAGGUUACGAAAAACGGAGACCAAAAAUCGGAAAAAAACUUAA